CCUAUAUUUAUACUAUAGUAGAAGUAGGUCUAGAGUCUUCAGUCUUCUGAACCUCCACAUUCUCUGCCAAAGAACUUGAUGUUAUUCAGUCAUCUAUUAGUAAGAAACAUCUGAUGAUACAGAUAGUAGAGUAGGAAGUUGCUAUUUAGCAGUUAAUCUGGUAAUAUUCCAUAAUUUCUGGUAGGUUUACUGUGAAGUUUCAGGAUUAUCUUGCUGAAUAAAUUUUCUUUGUUUUUAGAAUACUAAUGCUUUUAAACUUGGAAUAGUCCACUUAAUGUUUUGUUGAUUUGGCUUUACAAUUCUUUUUUCCCCCAGUUUGCGUGGUACCUACUCAACAUAGAAGUGUGGAGUGUCUUGGCUGAAUCCUCAUGCAGACAAGAUCAUUAUGGUCCUAGUAGGUAGGACAAGUAUCCUGAUAGAAGGUUGAAAAAAUGGCACAUUAGUUGAAGGAAACAAGGGAAUGUCCAGAAGAAGAAGAAGAAAAUAUUGUUAUUUAGACUGAUAUACAUGUCCAGUCUGUUUGCUGUAAAAGAAAAAUCAGCCAAAGGGAGUGAUUUAAGAUCCACUGCAGGUGUAUGAACAGCAUUGCUUCUGCAACAAAAGCCUAGACUCACCACAUCUUGGGAGGAGAAUGGCCACUGCAUGGGGGACCGCCUUUCUCAUGCUGGUGACAUCCUGUGUUUGCAGCACUGUCUUCCACAGAGACCAGCGGACUUGGUUUGAGGGUGUUUUCCUGUCUUCCAUGUGCCCCAUCAAUGUCAGUGCUAGCACAUUGUACGGAAUUAUGUUUGAUGCAGGGAGCACUGGAACACGAAUUCAUGUUUAUACCUUUGUGCAGAAAAUACCAGGUCAGCUUCCGAUUCUGGAAGGGGAAAUUUUUGAUUCUGUGAAGCCAGGACUUUCUGCUUUUGUAGAUCAACCUAAGCAGGGUGCUGAGACUGUUCAAGGACUCUUAGAGGUGGCCAAAGAUUCCAUCCCCCGAAGUCACUGGAAAAGAACCCCAGUGGUCCUGAAGGCAACAGCAGGACUGCGCUUACUGCCAGAACAGAAAGCCCAGGCUCUGCUCUUUGAGGUAAGAGAAAUCUUCAAGAAGUCACCUUUCCUGGUACCAAAUGACAGUGUUAGCAUCAUGGAUGGAUCUUAUGAAGGUAUAUUAGCUUGGGUUACUGUGAAUUUUCUGACAGGUCAGCUGCGUGGCCAGAGCCGGGAAACUGUGGGGACCCUGGACCUCGGGGGGGCCUCCACCCAAAUCACAUUCCUACCCCAGUUUAAGAAGACCCUGGAACAAACCCCUAGGGGCUACCUCACUUCAUUUGAGAUGUUUAACAGCACUUAUAAGCUCUAUACACAUAGUUACUUGGGAUUUGGAUUAAAAGCUGCAAGACUAGCAACCCUGGGAGCCCUGGAAACAGAAGGGAUUGAUGGACACACUUUCCGAAGCGCCUGUCUACCAAGAUGGUUGGAAGCAGAGUGGAUCUUUGGGGGCGUGAAAUACCAUUAUGGUGGCAACAAAGAAGGGGAAAUGGGCUUUGAGCCCUGCUACACUGAAGUGCUGAGGGUGGUCCAAGGAAAACUUCACCAGCCAGAUGAGGUCCAGAGAAGUUCCUUCUAUGCUUUCUCUUACUAUUAUGAUCGUGCUGUUGACACAGACAUGAUUGAUUAUGAAACAGGGGGUGUUUUAAAAGUUGAAGAUUUUGAAAGAAAAGCAAGGGAAGUGUGUGAUAACUUGGAAAACUUCGCCUCAGGCAGUCCUUUCCUAUGCAUGGAUCUCAGUUACAUCACAGCCUUGUUGAAGGAUGGCUUUGGCUUUGCAGACAGUACUGUCUUACAGCUCUCAAAGAAAGUGAACAACAUAGAGACAGGCUGGGCCUUGGGGGCCACCUUUCACCUGCUGCAGUCUCUGGGGAUCUCCCACUGAGGCCAGGCCCUUCUUCUGAGGAUUGCAUUUGCCAACAACCUUUUUAAAGGUAGAAGGAGAGAGGACUCAGUCAUGUUCUGAGCUAGUCUGAGGAUAGCCUGGACUGAAGCCCAGCAGCUCAAUUCAUCAGGAGGAAGGAGCUUUUGGAGACAGGUCUUGCCCUUGAGUCUGGAGAUUUGGGUCUAAUUAAUUCUGUAUAUCUAAUGUGAACUCUUGACCUUACCACUCUGCUUGCACAGCUGGCACCAGAGUCUAAAUCUUUGAGAUUCUUUGUGUGUCACAGCCAAAAGGAAAAGCUUUGAAAUUAACCUUGGAGAGCCCAGGGACAGGUCCCUGGGAACCAAAGAAAAAUCUCAUUUCAGCCCUU